AUGCGUUUCCCUCUUCCUCUCGAGAGCCAGUUAAGUCCCUUCGAUUAUCAUCAGGUCAGGGACAAGUUUGGCUUCAAAACUCCACUCUUUGCUCUGACUCAUUUUGAAUCCCAAACCAUGAGCUCUUUGAGUGGAAUGAGAGGGUUAGAGGAGAAUGGGAUCAGCACUGGUAUUGCCAAAGGGUAUAAGAGUACCCCACACGUACGAAGUUGGGGUUUUCUGUCGUUCUUGCAUGGUGUAAUAUCUUGCUAA